CGCGACGGCAGGAAGCAGAGAGGCGCGAGCAGGGGUGGAGACCGACGGGGGACGGCCAAAGAGCGGGUAGGAGGGCUGGAAAGAGAGAGAGAGAAAAGAGGAGGAGAGAGGGAAGGAAGAGUGGCCAGGAGAAGCAGGAGCUAGGAGAAGGACUCGGAGCAGAGUGAAUCGCGCAGGCCGCAGUGGGAGCAGCGGGGGCAGCCGGCUCGGAGCGGGCCGCCCCCGCGAGCAAGGCGCAGCCAUUCCGCUGCUCGGGGCGCCGCCGCCGCCGCCGCCGCGUCCGGGGGCCAUGCUCCCGCCGCCCCCACGCCAGCCGCCGCCCCAGGCGCGAGCGGCCCGCGGAUCCCUGCGCCUGCAGCAGGCCUUCCUGCGCGGCCCGUUGGGCGUGCUGCGUCUGCUGCAGCUGCUGGCCGGAGCCGCCUUCUGGAUCACCAUCGCUACCAGCAAGUAUCAGGGCCCCGUGCACUUCGCGCUCUUCGUGUCGGUGCUCUUCUGGCUGCUCACCCUGGGGCUCUACUUCAUCACGCUGCUGGGCAAGCAGGAGCUGGUGCCCGUGCUGGGCUCGCGCUGGCUCGUGGUCAACGUGGCGCACGACCUGCUGGCGGCCGCUCUCUACGGGGCCGCGACGGGCAUCAUGAUCGACCAGACGCAGCGCCACAGCUACUGCAACCUCAAGAGCUACCGGCUGCCUUGCGCCUACCAUGCCUUCCUGGCGGCCUCCGUCUGCGGCGGCCUCUGCCUCGGCCUCUACCUGCUCUCGGCGCUCUACGGCUGCUGCCGUCGCUACCAGGGCAAGGAGGAGGUGGUGUGAGGCCGCCCACUCCACUGCGGCCCAGAUCGGUGCGGGGAUCCCUCCCGAGCCCUUCCUGCCGCCGCCGCCCUGUGCCGGCGCGCCCCUGCACCCUCUCCCUGCCUGUGUUUUCACUGCCCUCGCCCUGGAUUUCCGACGUUCAGUUCCAGUCUGACUGCUGCACCGCAGCUUAGCCCAGAGAUCAGCUUCCAGGGAGCAGCUGACGCACACACUCAGACGGGCCGCCCCAGGCGAAGCCUGGAAGUCCCUUUCCCCAUUCCUUGUCGAGAGCUAGACGUGGACAGGCGCCGCCGCGUAGAUCCGGGGGAGGCUCCCAAAUUGGAACCAGUCUUUGGGCCGCGCCACUGCCCCCUCCCUCCCGGCCCUGCACUCGAAAGAGCAUCAUCCCCUCCUGCCCCCUCUUCCAGCCUGGGGUGGUGUAGAAUGCAGCCAGGCAGCUGCAAGUGGAGCUGGGGACAGGCCUUAGCUGGUGCCGGAAUGAAUGAUGUCUUUAGUUGUAGUUUGGAUUUCUCCCUGCGCAGCCCUACAUCAUCGAAGUCUUUGGGUGGGGCCAGCCACAGGAGUGGUGCAUAGCUAGCUGUACCUUACUAAACAACGCGAGUCUGUCCGCAUUUAUCCUUGGGGUUCCUCCAGACCAGGCCAAAUGCACUAAACUUCCCUGGCCUCUCAGACGUCACUCACCAGCUUCUGCUGCACCUCACCCUUAAAUAUGUUUGUAUUAGGGGUCCUACGUGACUGUUAAGGUGAUGCCCACCCCUUUGGGGACCCAGAUCCCGCUCUUGGGAACAGUCAUUUUCAGAUAAGAACCACAUUAUUUUCGCUUCAAAGCAGUAGGUUAUCUAGGGAGCCAUUCAGGUGCUACCUCGGGAAGAAGGCUGAGAAGGCAAAUGGGCCUGCCAAUGGUGCUGUCUUCCCGUGCAGAUUCACAACGUUAGUAUGAGGUCUCAGAGAAAUCCCACAGGUACACGCCCACACAUGGUCAUUUCGUUUACUGAAUUACUACUGGGCCUGAGCCGUUCCGAUCUCAAGAUUGCCCCGUGUUGCGUAGGUCAUUCCCACAGUUUGACCCACUGAAGAUUGGGAAGCUCCUCUCUCCCUGGGAGUUUCCCUAACUGGGGGGUCCACCCAAUGACAAAAGAGCUGGAUGCCCUUCACCAGCCAGAGACCUGAGAACUGUUGAAUAUUCUUUCACAUAGUUGGAAAAAAUGAAGCUAAGGAUACCCAGGUGGUCUUCCA